AUGCCUAUCGAACUCGUCCUUUCUCCUGUAAUGCGCCCUGUGGUUAUGGCCAAAGCAGUGUUGUUUCUGCCCCAUAGAAGUGGAUCCCGCUAUGUUCCUAACAUCAUUGAACUUCCAGAAGAAGGCAUUUCACAAUAUGCUUUACUCAAAAGAUUCGGUUCCGGUUCCAAGAUCUUUGAUGUCUAUGACACCCACGAAGGUGAAGAACCUUUGGGGCAAAAGGACCCAGCACAGAGGUUGUUCUGGCUUGUUAGAUCGAGAGCGGUUAAAGGUGCCUACAAGAUGUUCUCUUCUGCGAUUACGGGUACCGGUCCAGAAGGAGAAGAUGAGCCAGUUGCUGCAAUCAGGGCUGGUCUCAGAUCCAAUGUCUUGCUCAUCCGUGCACCCGACGUUCCUGCUGCAGAACUUGGAUGGCAUGUGAUCAACCACAGAGUGGAUGCUAACGACAGCUACAGAAUGUUCACCUUAGCCGAUGGAUUCACCUACCAAUGGACCAACAGAGGCAAAUGGCUAGAAAAAGUCCACAACUUGGGAGAGAAGGAGUCAGAGAUCAGAGAGAGAGUCGGACAGGUUAUUCCACAUGGAGCCAAUGGGUUCACAUUGAAGGUGGACGAAACCAAGAUCCCCAGAGAAUUGGCUCUUUCUACAGCGCUCUGUUCGUACAUUGACCAAUGGAAUACCAACAUCGAGGUCGGUGGUAUCUACUACGCCAGACAACCUGGCCAGGUGCGUUGGAAGAGAGAUUAG